CACAUCGACGUACGUCGCUGCGUAGUAUAUUAUCGAGUUGCGUUUUUAUAUGAUUCUUGCUUACCUGUCUUAUUUGUUCAUUGUGGAUAAGUCGAUUUUAAAUUUACCUUCUGUAUAUUCUGCGUUCAAGCGCAAAGUUGUGGCAGAAUGGUCAAAAUAAUAUUUCUUCAUCCGGACUUGGGAAUAGGCGGAGCCGAGCGACUUGUUUUGGAUGCCGCAUUGGCUUUCAAAAAGAAAGGCCACGAAGUUUCUUUCUAUACAAACCAUCACGAUCCUAGUCAUUGCUUCGCAGAAACCAGGGAUGGCACAUUUCCGGUAACGGUCAUUGGAGACUGGAUUCCACGCUCUAUAUUUGGGAGAUUCAAAGCAGCUUGCGCAUAUGCACGCAUGGUCUACGCCGCUGUUUAUUUAGCAUGGUAUGUAGUGCCGGUAGAAGAACCAACGUUGAUAUUUUGCGAUUUAAUUUCCUUGUGCAUUCCAUUUUUGAAAAUGGCCAGAGGUCCAUUUAGAAUUGUUUUUUAUUGCCACCACCCUGAUAAGCUACUUACCUCUGAGGGAGGAUUUCUGAAGAAGUUGUACAGAGCACCUCUUAACUGGCUAGAGGAGCUGACUACAGCUCGUGCUGAUAAAGUGUUAGUAAACAGUAAAUACACAGCUCGGGUUUACCAAGAUGCAUUCCAAAGAAUUAAAGAUGUGCCUGAUAUUUGUUAUCCAUCAAUAAACACAGAGUUCUUCAAGAUGGCUGUUCCAAAGCCACUGAAAGAAGUUGUUCCUGUAGGUACAGACAAGUUUGUUUUCCUUUCUAUAAACAGGUAUGAGAGGAAGAAAAAUCUUGAUUUAGCCUUGAGAGCAUUAGGACAAAUAAAAGAUUUGCUGAGUGAGGCAGAUUGGAAUAGAGUGCACCUUAUUAUGGCUGGAGGCUUUGAUCCCAUCAAUUUAGAAAAUACUGAACAUUAUAUUGAGUUGACUGAUUUGGCUGAGGAAUUAGAUAUUGAAGACAAAGUUACAUUCAUGAAGUCUCCCAAAGAUAUUGAGAAGGUUUCUCUGCUUUACCACUGCAAAGCUUUGGUGUACACUCCAUCAAAUGAGCAUUUUGGCAUUGUUCCCUUAGAAGCUAUGUAUUACAGCAAACCUGUGAUUGCUGUCAACAGUGGUGGUCCCACAGAAACAAUUGUGAAUGAGGUGACUGGAUUCCUGUGUGAGCCCACAAGUGAAGCUUUUUCUACAGCUAUGGCAAACUUAGUCAUGGAUCCUAAACUGGGUGAACGACUAGGAGCAGCUGGAAGAAAGAGAUUUGAAAUAAAAUUCUCCUUUGAUGCUUUUACUGAACAAUUGGAUGGGAUUUUGACACGGGAGAGACAAAUCAUUUCUGAGGCCCGAGCCAUUGAGUAUGAGCAGAAGAGACGUAAAUAGCAGAAUGCCGGCACGCCCACAAUAUUUGAUAUUGUUUGAGUGUGCCUACCAAAGAACCCUUUCACUUCUUUAUCUUCUCUAUGCUAUAAUAAGUAUAAAUAUUAAGAAAUAAUGUGAUUGUAGUAAUCUGAAUCUAUGGCUUGUUGUAUAAUCUUUAGUAUCUCCAUCUUUAAAUAUUUUGCCUGCAUCAAACUUGUUAAUUGCAAUUAUAUUAUUAGUAGUCAAUUGCAUUUCAGAUGGAUAAAUAUAUUCUAAUGUAUAACAAUAUAAAUAUAACCUAUUGCAAACUGUUAAAAUGUAUCUAUUGUUAUUAUUAUAUUAAAUAUAGAUGUAAUGUGUGAUGUUUAGUAUAAUAUUUUACGAAAUUGCCUAAUUAAGAAUAAUAAUAUGUGCAGAAAGUAGUUACGAAAUAACUUUUCUGAUGAGGGUACUAGUGUUUAGUUGUUGAGCCAAGUUGCUGUGUCCAAAAAGUACAUUUGUUUAUUUGUACUUUAGUCAGCUGACAUUGAGAAUUAUGAUAUUAUUGUACUAGCAUUGUACUGUAAAUACUUAAAUAAAUAUGCUGUAGUUACAAGUUUGUAUUAUAAUUGACAGCAUUGCUGUCCAUCUCCCAUAUAUAAAUUAUAUUGCAAGCUGGGGUUGGUGGGGACUAUAUGACUUAUGACCAUUCUUCUCAUAUAUAUGGGAAAAAUAAAAAAUAUGCAUAAUAUUUUAUUAAUAAUUUGCUGUUGGAAGUAUUUGCUUUGCGAAAGGUUUUAACGUAACACACUGAAUGCUUUGCGAAGUAAAAUAAAAGAAAUGUGUAAUAAGGUUAUAUAAUUAUUACUUUUCAAAACUUGUUUAUGCCCUUGGCAAAGCCAAUCAAUUGCCAGCCAAUAAUUUAUAAAUUACAAUUUAUGUGAUAGAUAUUUUUUUUACUCUAAUAAAGUCUUGUGUGUGGUGUCAUACACCCUCUCAAACGUUUCUCGCGGCAGUGGAUCUAUAAUCUCGAACUGUAAAUUAUAUUGUUGAUCCAAGCCCAUGUAGCAGUCACUCAUUAGAUAAAUUGUGUAGAUAAUGCGACCUGAAAAUAAAUUAAAAUAUUAGCAAAUG